AUGCAAGGCAAUCUUUUAUUGGCAGUGACAGUAAUCUGCAUUGCCAGGCUUUGCCCCGCUGUGUGUGCUGUUGAUCCACUGACUUGCAUCCUGCAAGGAGACCCGCGAACUCCUGCUUUCUUCAUGGACGGAGACUUUAUUAUUGGAGGAUCUUUCACUAUUCAUUACUCGAACCUAGAGAAUCACACCUACACUAGACGGCCACAGCCACUAGAGUGCAGUGGCAGCAUGAACUUCAAAGAGCUGCGCUAUGCUCGUGUCCUGGAGUUCGCGAUCCAGGAGAUCAACAACAGCUCAGAUCUGCUACCGGGCAUCACGUUAGGAUACAGUAUACAUGACUCUUGUGCCUCUGUGCCAAUGUCAGUCAAACUAGCAUUUCAGUUUGCCAAUGGACUUGACCCCAUAUUUAACUACACUGAUUCUUGUGCAAAUGCUGCUGCUGUGACUGCUGUAGUCGGAGAAUCGGGUUCCACACCAUCUAUAAGCAUGUCAAGGAUUCUCGGUCCAUUUGGGAUUGCACAGGUGAGUCACUCCUCAACAUGCUCGUGCCUCAGUGAUAAACGGCAGUAUCCUACUUUCUUCAGGACCAUCCCCAGCGACCACUAUCAAGCAGCUGCUUUGGCAUCCAUGGUCAAGUACUUCGGAUGGACGUGGAUCGGGGUUGUUCGCAGUGAUUCAGACUAUGGGAACUUUGCCAUGGCAUCAUUCCUGAAAGCUGCGGAAGAGGAGGGAAUAUGUGUUGAGUAUUCGGAGGCCUACUUUAGGACACAGCCACGCAGUAAACUCAAGAGAGUCUCAGAUGUCAUUCGCAGGUCAACGGCUCGUGUAGUAGUUGCUUUCCUGGCCCCGGGUGACAUGAGACUUCUCUUGGAAGAGCUGAGCCAGCAGCCUCCUCCCCCACUGCAGUGGAUUGGCAGUGAGGCGUGGGUUACAGACAAAGAAAUGCUGCGGUUUAAUAUGUGUAUUGGUGCUGUGGGCUUUGCAGUUCCACGAUCUGUUAUCCCUGGUUUACGUAACUUUUUACUUGACCUCUCUCAAGACCAUUUGCUGAACUCUCCCCUGUUGACAGAAUUUUGGGAGAAAUCAUUUAGCUGUAGUUUUAAAAAACGAACAGGCUCUCCAUCUGGUCUGCCAGCAUGUGAUGGCACAGAGGACCUGUAUGCAUUACAGAACCCAUACACAGACACGUCACAGUUGCGAGUCUCUAACUUGGUCUACAAAGCCACAUAUGCUAUAGCGCAUGCCAUCCAUGGCAUUGUCUGUAACAAUGAGCAAUGUAAUAAAAACAUCAAUGUUGAGCCCAAGAAGGUUUUCGAUCAGCUUAAGCGAGUGAACUUCACUAGAAAUAAUUAUUCUGUUUCAUUUGAUGCCAAUGGAGAUCCUGUGGCCACCUAUGAACUUGUGAACUGGCAGCUUCAGAAAGAUGGUUCAAUUAAUUUUGUGACUGUGGGUCGAUAUGAUGCAUCCCAGCCAAAAGGCCAAGAAUUUAGUCUAAGCAGAUCUGUCAUUUGGAACGAUGGCAGUGAAAAGGUUCCCGUGUCUGUGUGCAGUGUGAGCUGUGCCCCAGGCACUAGGAAGGCUGUUCAAAAAGGAAGGCCUGCCUGCUGCUUUGACUGCAUUAACUGUGCAGAAGGAGAGAUCAGCAAUGAGACAGAUUGUCACAGAUGCCCAUCUGAGUACUGGCCCAAUAAAGAUAAUGAUAAGUGCCUUCCUAAACCAGUGGAGUUUCUGUCCUGGGAUGAGAUCCUCGGAAUCAUCCUGGCUGCUUUCUCUAUUGCUGGCUCUUUAGUGGCUUUGAGCAUGACUUCAGUGUUCUACAAAUACAGGACCUCUCCCAUAGUUAGAGCCAACAACUCAGAACUGAGCUUCCUGUUGCUCUUCUCACUGACACUGUGUUUUCUUUGUUCUCUCACUUUCAUUGGUAGACCUACCGAGUGGUCAUGUAUGUUACGUCACACAGCGUUUGGGGUCACUUUUGUCCUCUGUAUCUCUUGUGUUCUGGGGAAAACUAUUGUGGUGUUAAUGGCCUUCAAGGCUACACUUCCAGGUAGUAAUGUCAUGAAAUGGUUUGGACCCCCUCAACAGAGACUCAGUGUUCUUGGUUUCACUCUUGUGCAGGUUCUUAUUUGUGUGCUUUGGUUAACAAUAUCCCCUCCUUUUCCUUACAACAAUAUGCAACACUACAAAGAAAAGAUCAUUUUAGAAUGCAGUUUGGGCUCUGCAGUUGGUUUCUGGGUUGUACUAGGCUAUAUAAGCUUCUUAGCUAUUCUUUGUUUUGUUUUAGCUUUUCUGGCCCGAAAGCUGCCAGAUAACUUCAAUGAAGCCAAAUUCAUCACGUUCAGUAUGCUCAUAUUCUGCGCAGUUUGGAUCACUUUUGUACCCGCUUAUGUCAGUUCUCCAGGGAAGUUCACUGUGGCUGUGGAGAUAUUUGCGAUUUUAGCUUCAAGCUUUGGUUUGAUUCUUUCUAUUUUUGCUCCCAAGUGUUUUAUUAUUGUGUUUAGGCCAGAGCAGAACACCAAAAAAUAUUUAAUGGGUAAAGUACCAUGA